CCCUGCUCGCACAACCUGUGCCAGGCGUGCGCCCGCAACAUCCUGGUGCAGACGCCGGAUUCGGAAUCCCCGCAGAGCCGCCGCGCGUCGGGCUCGGCCGUCUCCGACUACGACUACCUGGACCUGGAUAAGAUGAGCCUCUACAGCGAGGCGGACAGCGGCUACGGCUCCUACGGCGGCUUCGCCAGCGCUCCCACCACCCCGUGCCAGAAAUCCCCCAACGGCUGCUACUUCUUCUUCCCUCUGCAGAGCCAGCUGUCCCAGGCCUUGAAUGGGUUGUCAGACAGAGCCAAGGAGGCAAAAGAGUUCCUGGUGCAGCUCCGCAACAUGGUGCAGCAAAUCCAGGAGAACAGCGUGGAGUUCGAGGCCUGCCUGGUGGCCCAAUGUGACGCCCUCAUCGAUGCCCUCAACAGGAGGAAAGCCCAGCUGCUGUCCCGUGUCAACAAGGAGCACGAGCAUAAGCUGAAGGUGGUGAGAGACCAGAUUUCUCACUGCACGGUGAAGCUGCGGCAGACCACGGGGCUGAUGGAGUACUGCCUGGAGGUCAUCAAGGAGAACGACCCCAGCGGCUUCCUGCAGAUCUCCGAUGCUCUCAUCAGAAGAGUGCACUUAACUGAGGACCAGUGGGGAAAAGGGACGCUCACACCCCGCAUGACCACGGACUUCGACCUGAACCUUGACAACGGCCCCCUGCUGCAGUCCAUCCACCAGCUCGACUUUGUGCAGAUGAAAGUUUCCUCCCCAGUGCCGGCCCCCCCAAUCCUGCAGCUGGAGGAGUGCUGCACCCACAACAACAGUGCCACGCUGUCCUGGAAGCAGCCCCCCUUGUCGACAGUGCAGGUGGAAGGCUACAUCCUGGAGCUCGACGAUGGCAAUGGAGGGCAGUUCAGGGAGGUGUAUGUGGGCAAGGAAACCAUGUGCACAGUGGACGGGCUUCACUUCAACAGCACUUACAGCGCCCGUGUCAAAGCCUUCAACAAAACAGGAGUCAGCCCCUACAGCAAGACCCUGGUGCUGCAGACAUCCGAGGAAACGCAGUCAGAAGAACAGACCCUCCCUUUUCCAGUGCCUUUGGAAAGAUUGCAGCUUCGUAGAAUGAGUCCUUUCUCCUCCACCCUUAAUCUACAACCCAGCUUCCCGGGGAGAUCCUACUUUGAGCUAAGAUCUUCGGCCCACCAGCUGAGCUUGCAUUCUUCCUUACAGUCCCUGAACUCAGCCGGAUGCAAUUUUGAGACACAAGGAACGCCUUACUCUCAAUUAGUUGACAUUAAAAAAAUGGUGGCAGUAGCUUGGUUUUCUUUCGAUCCUGCCUCUGCACACGCUGACAUCAUCUUUUCUAACGACAACCUGACUGUCACCUGCAACAGCUAUGAUGACAGGGUUGUGCUGGGGAAAACGGGCUUUUCCAAAGGGCUGCACUACUGGGAGUUGUCCAUCGAUCGUUACGAUAACCACCCGGACCCGGCCUUUGGCGUGGCACGCAUCGACGUCCUGAAGGAUGCCAUGCUGGGCAAGGAUGACAAAGCUUGGGCCAUGUAUGUGGACAACAACCGCAGCUGGUUCAUGCACAACAACUCUCACACCAACAGGACUGAGGGUGGGAUUACGAAAGGUGCCACGGUGGGAGUGCUGCUGGAUUUGACCAGGAGGACCUUGACGUUCUCCAUCAACGAGGACCAGCAGGGCCCUGUCGCCUUUGAGAACUUGGAGGGCCUGUUCUUCCCAGCAGUCAGCCUCAACAGGAACGUGCAGGUGACGCUGCACACGGGGCUGCCGGUCCCUGAGUUCUACGCCUCGCGCUCGGCCAUGCAGUGAGGAUGAGGCAGCACGGAGCUGCGAGCGCCGGCACUGGGGGCAGCCAGAAGGGAAGGAGGAACCCAGCUUUGGCAGUCUUCAUUCUCCACCCACCAGCGCUGUCCUGUGUGUGUACGCUUCGCUGUUUAGCUCUUUUUGGCUGAUGAAGUACCUAAGUAGCCCGAGAUGUCCCUGUGUCUGCUUUUAGGUUCGGUUUUACUCCUUUGAGUUGGGGCUUGGAGUUUUGAUGAGAGCUUCCCGUCCUGCAUCCUGCUGCAGCUGGCCAGGCUGUGGGAGGGAACCCCCUGGAAAGCUUUCAGCCCCUCCAGCCCCAUUCCUUUGCAGGAUGUUUCUUUCCCCGUGGCCUUUCUUGCAGAGCACCUCCCUGCCACACACCGGGGUCGGCCCUGGAUUGCUGCUGGUCCCCAUGGAGGGAUGCCCCAUGUGCUACAGCAACCCCAGCAGCACCCCACUGCUCCCAGCGAAGGCAGCAGCACCCCGGGGCGAUGCUCCACGGCUGGGGUUAAACCACAGCCACCUGCUGGAGCAGAGCUGCAUCCUUGCUGGGGUCAGCGCCAGCAGAGCGGUGAGCAAAACCUUUCCCACCACUGUGCCCCCAAGGCUGGGCACAGCAGGGGCAGGAUUUGGGGCAAACCCAGCACCCGGCUCCCCACAAACCGGCACCACAGCCAUACACCGUGCAGCUCCUCAGAGGCGAGCAUUUAUUUUUGUAGAGCCUUAAAUACUGCCCGAUAGCAUCCUUCCCUUGGCAGGAAAACUCACUCAGCGGAGAGGUUUUGACGGGGAGCCCAGCGAUGGGGAGCACGGGGAGUCGACCUGCACUCAGGAAGCCGUGCCCCCUGCCAUGCCUGCCCCGUGGCUGUGCCCCAGGGGUGAUUCAGGCUCUGAGCAGCACCACGGCCUGCUGCCCACACACACUGCUACCCAAGGGCCAUGCAUGCGCUCAUCCCCGUGCUUUGCUUUAUGGUACUUCGCCCUCGCGGCGGCGGUGCUGCCCGUGCCAUCAGAAAGCUGCGGCUCGUCACCCCAGAUCCAACAGAACAACUGUAUAUAGGUCACCCCCUCCCUACCCCCCCUUAUCCCCUCCGUCCCCGCGUUGCUCUAGUACGAAACUCACCUAAUUUAUUGACUGGGUGCUAUCUUGUUCGUUCACACCGACGAGUUCCUCCGCUGUAGGAGAGCUGUGUUGCGGGACAACGCCGAGCGGCUCUGCGGUGAUUGCCCGAUGGGCUCCGUGGCCGGGUCACGGGGUGCCUUCCUCAGCCAUUCCCCCUUCUUUAGGAUGUUCAUGGUGCUUAUUAGGCUCCUCAUGGUCGUACGGUGUCGUCCCCACUGUCCCGCGAUGAUAGCUGCCUGCAGCUGCUCUGCUCCAGACAAGUGUCAUGGUCGCUGUUCUAAUAAAGGACUUUUAUCAGAUUAAAA